ACGUCUCCGGUGUGGAACUACAGGAGCUUGGGGAUUACGCAGCCGAACCCUUGCAAAUUCCUCGUGGGACAGAGGAAUUUGAAGGCUUCUGAUGAUUGUAUCAUUCCUUUACCUGGAGGGAAAUCCGAGAUGUGAACGUUUCACCCGGACACAUCAAUGUUCGGCUUGUGCAAUAACUCUGGUGACCUAGGAGGAGUUUCUGCCCUAGGAAGAUGAGAUUGUCGUAUGCCAAGAUACUUACGCUAGCAGCCCUCUUGGCGCAGUCUGAAGCCUUGGCUCCGCAUGAAGCGUGUGGAACGGCGGAGGUGGCUGACAUCUUGUUCCUGGUGGGUGAGUCCUGGAGCGUGGGGGAAGGGAACUUCCGGCUGAUCAAAGACUUCAUCUACAGUGUGGUCCUCUCCUUCGAGAACGUGGCAAUGGGCAGAGAGGGCGUUCGGCUGGGCGUGGCGCUCUACGCGGAGAAGCCAAGGAUGAGUAUCGAGUUGACGGAUUACGUUACCAUUGAGGAGGUGCUGGUGGCCGUCAGGGAGCUCUCGUUCCAAGGGGGCAGUGUAAAAACAGGGGAUGCCCUGGCGUUUGUGGCCCAUGUGGUCUUCAGUCCAGCAGCAGCAAGAGGAGAUGCAGCAAAGAUCGUUGUUUUAAUCACAGAUGGGAAAUCUGCCGAUUCUGUUGAAGAUGCGGCUGUGGCGCUACAGGACAGAGGCGUGACAGUGUUUGCUGUGGGAAUUAAGAAUGCCGACAGGAACGAGCUGAGGAAACUAGCUUCCACGCCCGCCGAGGAGCAUGUGCUUUACACUGAAGAUUUCCACUUGCUGGGGAACGUGUCCCCUAAGCUCUCUCGAAGGCUCUGUGUCACGGCCUCCGAGCCUCCGCGCCCCACCAGGCCGGCUAUGAACGCGCCCGUACCUCCAGUGACCAAUUUCCGGGUCGUAGAAGAAGGACUCUCUAGCCUCAAGGUAGCCUGGACUCCUCCCCUGGGGAAGCUUGAAGGCUACAAGAUCUACAUGCCCAGAUCAAACAGACCUGGGAUGACCUAUGAGCAGAUUCUGGGCGGCGACGUCACCUCUCACGUGCUUGGCAACUUGCAGGAGGAUAAAGAAUAUACUGUCAGUAUCUAUGCUGUGUUCCGCCAGGGCCCGAGCCAACCGGUGUCCACUACGGGGAGAACAUUGAAGCGCCUGCCAGUGAAAAGCAUCUUGCUCCAGAAUGAGACGACUGACACCAUCCAGGCCAGGUGGACCUCAGUUAGGGGAGCAUCAGGAUACAGGCUCACCUGGGUGUCGGCAGAGGGCAGUGUUGAGACCGUGAACCUGGACGACACUUGUACUGACUACAUGAUCCCGGGGCUGCAGCCUGGGCUGGAAUACACCAUCACCGUCAACCCCAUCUUUGGGGACAUGGAGGGGCCCGUGGUGAGCAGCAAGGCAACCACUCUGGCAUCGAGCGCUGUGCAGACCCUGAAAGUGUCCGACGUAACAAUCAACUCUGCCCUGCUGUCCUGGAAUUCAGUGGCUGGGGCCACUGGGUACAGAGUGGCUUGGGGCCCUACUCCAGAAUUCUUCCACAAAGACCGACCACGGCAGCUGGCUCUGAACAGCUCCACCACAGCCUACCAGCUCCGAAACCUGGCCCACGACAGCGAGUAUGUGAUUUCCCUCUAUGUGCUCUUUGGCUCGGCAGAGGGGCCUGGAAUCACCGCUUCAGCCAGGACGUGUGAGUAUACGCAUGCGCCGCUUGGCUACAUGUCCAAUUUCAAGAGAGCCUCGGAAAUAACACUACUGGGAGGAAAAGUGGUACCCUUUGGAGAAGAUCCACUGUUCUUGGUGAAUUAUAUGCACUGUGGUGUCCUUGUCCUUUCAGGAAGAGGAGUUGCCAAGAGCCAGUACCUGGGCAGCAAGGGGCUUGCUUAUCACAUUGAGCAUUUGCUGCCUAAUACCCACUAUACACUUGGUGUUCGCGCUAUGUUCAACAAGUCCGAGGGACCAGAAGUGACUCUCACUCACCGUACUGCCUCGCUCGCAGACUCAAGCCCUAUCCAGACCGUCCGGGAUUUGCGGAUCGUUGACAUUGGAGUAAACAGCUUGAAGGUCUCCUGGAAAAGGACCCCGGGCGUAACGCACUAUAAGAUAUCCUGGGUCCCGUUCAGUGGUGGCUUGGAAACCUCACAGAUCGUUCCAGCAGAGAUCAUAUUUUUCACAAUUAUUAAGCUGCAGGAGAGCACUACGUACACCAUCCGUGUGUCUUCAAUGAUCCGGGAACGGGAGGGAAGCCCAGUGCUUCUGACUGCCAAAACACUGGGUUUGCCCAAAGUGACUCAGUUUGCAGUUCAGGAGAGCACGGAAAACAGCGUUUUGUUGAGCUGGACGGGUGUUCCGGGGGCAUCAGCAUAUUUAUUAACAUGGCGCCUGGCAUCAGAGUCUGACCUUUCCACUGAACUGUUGGGAGCAGCUUCUAGAUCGUAUCGAGUUACAGACCUGAAGCCAAGAGGGAUGUACUCGUUUUCAAUAAGGCCACUCUUCGGACAGACGGAGGGGCCAGAGGCGGCGCUUACUGAGCAGAUUGUGGGAUCUCGAGGGAAUCCUUCCACUCCUGCUCCUACCAUUACUUCUUUACUGCCUGCCACUACGAGGCCCCGGUCCGUGGGCUCUAGCCAUGCAAGGGCCACUCCUCUUCCAUCAGCCACCACCAUGACAUUACAAAUGACCCCAGCAACCACAGUUGUGACAACUAAAGCGUCGCCACCAUUGACCACCCUCUCUGGGCCAAUCUGUGGCAAGUUCAAAGCGGACAUCGCGUUCCUGGUGGACGAGUCUUCAAGCAUUGGCCAGAGCAAUUUCAAUAAAGUGAAGGACUUCCUCUUCCGGAUCGUCUCCUAUUUCCCCAGAAUUGGGCCUGAGGGAACACAGGUUGCUGUAGCUCAGUACAGCGAAGAGCCCAGGACUGAAUUCCACUUUAACCAGCACAGGGAUCGGAAUGGAGUUCUCAAAGCCCUCAAGGAGCUGCAGUACACUGGAGGCAAUACAAAGACAGGUCGUGGCUUAGGCUAUGCGCUAAAGGAGUUAUUUCAGUCCUCCAAAGGGAUGAGACCAACUGUGCCUCGCACGCUGGUGCUAGUGACUGAUGGACAGUCCCAGGAUGAUGUGUUGCCACCAGCCAGAGUGGUGCAUGCAUUAGGAAUCCGUGUCAUCGCCGUGGGGGUCUCCAGAGCUGACCCCCAAGAACUGAACAGCAUCUUGUUACACCGCAACCUGCAGAAUGUUUUCUACAUCAGCACCUUUGAGGACUUUCCCCACAUCAUCCAGGAGGUGAUAGAAACCAUUUGUUCUGACUUGCCGCAUUCAGGAGCCCAACCGCAGCCCGGGGAGGUUGCUAGACAGGAUAUGAUCAAACUGCAGCAGGUUGGUGGCCUGGAGAACAACUCAUCAGUCCAUGAGCCAGCUUCUGCUGAUCCAGAAAUCCAAAGACCAGAGGGGCCAUGCAAUCCCAGGUGCUCAAAGGCUCUUAAAGGAGAGAAGGGCGAGAGAGGCCCACCUGGAGAAUUGAGCUUCACCGGUUUGCAGACUGGAGGCAGUUACGAUCCAUACAGCUUUGCUGUGAAGGGAGAGAAGGGAGAGAGGGGGCUCCCUGGGAAAGAUGGAAUUCCCGGACUGCCAGGUCGACCUGGGCGAGUGGGCCCCCCUGGCUCCCCUGGGCUGAUGGGGCACCCUGGUAUCCAAGGCGAUCUCGUAAGUAUUCCGAACCAGCAAGGUCUCAGAAACUCAGAAACCCAAAUAACCCUCACUGGAUCCUGCACCGUGCGGGCGUGGACGGUUGCACGGGCAACGGCCAAGUCAGUCAUGCUGAGCCAGUCGGGGAGCCCCAGGGAACCCGAUUUUGCAUUUAUUGGGUACUGCCAGGGCCAAAUGGCUCCUGCCCUGCAGCCAAAACAAGGCCAGUGA